AUGGCGUCUAACGAUAUUUACCACGGCCAAGCCGCGUUCGCCCCCGGGUUGGAGGUCGGUCCUCACGAGUACGCAGCGAUGCCUUUUGACGAAGAGUACGGCGUCGAGAUCAAGGUCACGCAUUGUGGUAUCUGUGGCUCGGACCUGCACACCAUCACAGGUGGGUGGGGCACCGUCAAGUACCCCUUGGUCGUUGGCCACGAAAUCAUCGGUCAUGUGACUCGCGUCGGAUCGAAAGUUGACCAAACCAAGUACGCCAUUGGCGCGCGUGCGGGUGUGGGGGCGCAGUGCGGGUCGUGCCUCGACUGCAAGCAGUGCCACAACCAGCUCGAAAACUUGUGCGACAACGGGCCUAUCUUCACGUACAACAGCAAGACCUCCCAAGGGUACGUCACGCAGGGAGGGUAUGCGGACUACUAUCGGUGUCACUACAACGCGGCGCCAAUGAUGUGUGCUGGCGUGACAACGUAUGCCCCGCUCAAGCACCACGGAGCUGGCCCUGGAAAGCACGUGGGGGUUGUUGGUAUUGGCGGCUUGGGCCAUCUUGGCGUCCAGUGGGCAGUUGCGUUGGGUGCGGAAGUAACGGCAGUGUCGAGCUCGUCGAGAAAGGAAAAGGAUGCCAAGGAACUCUUGGGCGCCCAUCAUUUCGUCAACUACAACGAUGUCAACGCCGCUCAGGCAGCGGCCAAGUCGUUCGACAUUUUGCUCGUCACGUCCUACAGCAAAGACACCAACUGGAACGCGUUGCUGGCGCUGGUUGCCACCAAUGGCAAGUUGGUGUUGGUGGGACUGCCGGAAACCCCAAUCUCAUUCUUCCCGUUCUCCGUCGUGUCGAGACAAGUGACGUUUGUCGGUUCGUGCAUCGGUUCCCCCGCAGAACUGGAAGAAAUGCUCGCGUUUGCAGUUGAAAAAGGAGUGAACUCGAUUGUGCAAGUCAUGCCCAUGAGCCAAGCGACGGAGGCGUUGCACAAGGUGCGAGAUGGGUCGGCUCAUUUCCGCAUUGUGCUGAAGCACGAGUAA